CACAGUUUGCAGACACUACCGGUUCAUCGCACGAAAGCGGAAACUAAUAGCCAGAAACAACCUUAAAGACAAUCUUUUGGACUCUAUUUAUUAAUUUGACUGAAGAACACUUGGAUCUACAUCACUUCAUUUCUACAUCUUCUUAACUUAUCGCCACUUAUUUCAAAGUCAUCAUGUCUCAGCAGCAGAUCAGCCUCCCAGCCAAGCUCAUUAAUGGCGGUAUUGCUGGCAUCGUUGGGGUUACUUGUGUGUUCCCCAUUGACUUGGCAAAGACCAGGUUACAGAAUCAGAGACAAGGUCAGCAGGUCUACAAGAGCAUGAUGGACUGCCUUGUCAAGACAGUUCGAUCAGAAGGCUACUUUGGCAUGUACAGAGGUGCUGCUGUAAAUCUGACACUGGUUACCCCUGAGAAGGCCAUCAAGCUGGCUGCUAAUGACUUAUUUCGCCACCACCUUGCCAAGGAUGGAAAGGGGUUGACAGUGUUCAAAGAGAUGCUGGCAGGUUGUGGUGCAGGCAUGUGCCAGGUCAUUGUCACUACCCCCAUGGAAAUGCUCAAGAUCCAGCUACAGGAUGCUGGCAGACUGAUGGCCCAGCAGCAAAAACCAGUCAUGAUGUCUCCCACCAAGCUUGUGGCCACUAACACCAUGCUCAGCCGCUCUUACAACUCUGGCACUGUGGUCUCAGCACCACGAGCUGUGUCAGCCACACAGAUCGCAAAGGAACUGCUUCAAACCCAGGGCAUCCAGGGGCUCUACAAAGGUCUAGGGGCAACACUAAUGAGGGAUGUUCCCUUUUCUAUUGUCUACUUCCCAUUGUUUGCCAACCUGAACCGCCUGGGGAAACCCAGUCCCGAGGAGUCAUCACCCUUCUAUUGGGCUUUCCUCUCAGGGUGUGCAGCAGGAUCAACUGCUGCAGUGGCUGUCAACCCCUGUGAUGUGGUGAAGACUAGACUGCAGUCACUGAACAAAGGGUCCAGUGAGGAGACUUACAAUGGCGUUGUGGAUUGUGUAAGUAAGAUCAUGCGGAAGGAGGGGCCCUCUGCCUUCCUGAAAGGUGCCGGCUGCCGGGCUCUGGUCAUCGCCCCUCUGUUCGGUAUUGCACAGGUUAUGUACUUUGUUGGCGUUGGAGAAUACAUCCUGGACAACUCCCCACUGAGCCUCCUGUCGGCAUGAGACCGUAUCAGUUUGCUGGCUAUGCGUAGGACCUUCUGAGCAUAAAUGAUGAAACAACUGGCAGCUAGAUAUCACCAGUUUACAGCAUAAAAAUUACACGAGGCUUGUUUGACAAAGUAAGGAAAGGCCUCGGGGUGUAAAGACCUAUGAUUUCAUCUUGUGUAUGGUCUGACAGUUGUGUUGCACUGAAACACUUUUAUGACUUAUUCAUCAGGCUGUGGCCAAUGUUUGCUCAGCUGUUAGCCUUACUGUGUUGAGGGACUCAGAGUUGCAGUGUUAUUCUUUCUUUGUCCCGAGACAGUCUUGUUCUGUUUCCCUCUGUGAGGGAGGGGAGCUCACUCCAUCAAAGAGACAGACCUGUUUCUGUGUUUUCUUCCAUGCUAUCACUUUUCAUAUUAUUAUUAUUAUUAUUAUUAUUAUUAUUAUUUUAUAUGUGUGAGCUAGAGUUUUAUUUUGAAUUUCUGAAUGCAAUAGCUUGCAGUACUUUCUGUUUGUAUGUUUUUCUUCCUUUUCCACUGCUGUCUCAUGUUACAGAGCCUUCAAGUACAAGGAACAGGGAACAAAGGCUUCAAAUGGGAGAGACAUAAGGGCCCAAUUUACACAAUUUAUUGCAAAGGGAUCUUUUGUGUUUUUUUUUUUUUUUUUUUUUUUUU